GGGGACCAGUAGGUUUCCACCUGAACACCAGUUAUUUUACAUGCUUCGGCAUAAAAGAUGCUCGGCUGUAACAGUGAGCUAGCCCGCCAACGCCUAGCAACUCUCAGGGCUGGAGGUUGGAGUGGGCAGCGGACGUCUGCGGAACGCUUGGUGGGGUGGGACCGUGUCCUAGGUGACACCGGAAGGAUACCGCGAGAUUCUCAGGAGCUGCGACCUUCGCAAAGGCUUUUGGAACCCGGUCCGGUAUGGCUACUGAGGCUGCUGCUACUCCCUGGAGGCCGCAGGUUGUUGGCGGUCCGCGAGCAGCCGUCUGCAAGGAUGGACGCUGAAAGAUAAAGCGGAGAAAAGAUCUCGGAAGAAAGUGUUGCUGGCCGUUUGCCUGCAUAUCAACUUGUACACAAUGCCCUUUGGAGCCAGAAGAAGGUGCCUGAUACGUGGGAGCCUGAAUUACAGGAUGCGUGAGCAACCAGAAGUAGUGCUGAGAAUCAAACCCAUGUCCUCUGGAAGAGCAGCCAGUGCUCUUAACUACUGAACCAUCUCUUCAGCCUCACCAUUGUUUUUUAAAACCUACAUGGGACGACUGCCAACAGCUGCUGCAGGCCCUGCUGACUUCGGAGGAACGGCAGAGGGUCCUCCUGGAAGCCCGGAAGGAAGUCCGGGGACCUGAUGGCCGCUCCACCCAAUUGCCUAAUGAAAUAGAUUCUGCCUUUCCCCUUGAAUGCCCCUCUUGGGAUUUCACCACGGUGGAAGGUAGGAAUCACCUAGCCCUCUAUCGCCAGUUGCUCAUAGCGGGUCUCCACAGGGCGGCUCGACGCCCAACGAAUUUGGCUCAGGUAAAGCAGGUUAUACAGGGGUCAGAGGAAACUCCCUCUGCGUUCCUUGAGAGGCUCAAAGAGGCUUACCGCAGAUAUACUCCCUAUGACCCUGACGACCCCGAACAGGAGACCAAUAUCUCCAUGUCUUUUAUUUGGCAGUCAGCUCCAGAUAUCAGACGCAAGCUGGAGCGUCUAGAGAACCUCAGGGAAAGCUCACUCAGGGAUCUGCUAAAGGAAGCAGAAAAGAUUUUCAAUAAGAGGGAGACUCAGGAGGAGAGGGAGGACCGCCUAAGAAAAGAAGCUGAGGAGAGGGAAAAGGAAAGGGAAAAAGAGAGGGACCGCAAGAGACAUAAGGAAAUGAGUAAACUUUUGGCCACCGUAGUGUCAGGGCAAAGACAGGAUAGACAGGGGGGAGACAGAAGAGGGCUACCCCUCGACAAGGACCAAUGUGCCUACUGGAAAGAAAAGGGGUCUUGACCCAAAGGCUGGGGCCCUGGCGGCGGCCAAUAGCCUAUCCUUGCGGAAAUGCCCGGGACCAGACCGGACCUGACGGAUCAACCCCUCCGGGAUGCGGAUGUCACCUGGUACACUGACGGCAGCAGCUUUCUGCGGGAAGGUGAGCGAAAGGCGGGUGCAGCGGUAACCACGGAGACCGAGGUGAUCUGGGCACAGCCUCUGCCUGCGGGGACUUCUGUGCAGCGAGCAGAGCUUGUCGCCUUGACACAAGCUUUGAGGAUGGCAGAAGGUAAGAAGCUCAAUGUCUAUACUGACAGCCGAUAUGCUUUUGCCACUGCUCAUGUUCAUGGGGAAAUAUACAGAAGAAGAGGGCUACUGACUUCAGAAGGAAAGGAAAUUAAAAAUAAAACAGAGAUCUUAGCCUUGUUAAAAGCUUUAUUUCUGCCUCGGAAACUGAGCAUUAUACAUUGCCCAGGACACCAGAAAGGAGACAGCCCUGAGGCUCGAGGAAACCGGCUGGCUGAUGAAGCCGCCAAACAGGUGGCCCUGCAGGCUCCGCUAGCCAUACUGCCCAUGCACCAAGAUAAGAGAGACCCCCCUCAAAUAUGAUGAGGAGGAUCUAAAGUUCCUGGCAGACAUGGGAGCGGAGCAGGACCAGAAAACGGGCGAAUGGACAUGGAAGGGAAAAACAGUGAUGCCGAUGGCAUACACUUAUAAGAUGCUUGAUUACUUACAUAAAUUGACCCAUCUAAGCCCCCGAAAGAUGAAAACUUUGUUAGACCGGCAGGAAACUUUUUGCUAUUUACUAGGGCGAGACAGCAUCCUCCAAAAAGUUAUGGACAAAUGUAGAGCAUGUGCACAGGUAAAUGCAGGAAAAACCAAAGUGGGACAGGGGGUGCGAAUCCGUGGACAUCGACCAGGAGUACAAUGGGAAAUUGACUUUACUGAAAUAAAACCAGGCAUGUAUGGAUACCGGUACUUAUUGGUAUUUGUGGACACCUUUUCGGGAUGGGUGGAAGCCUUCCCGACCAAGCAUGAGACAGCAAAAAUUGUGACCAAAAAGCUGCUGGAAGAAAUCUUCCCCAGGUAUGGCAUGCCCCAAGUGCUGGGCACUGAUAAUGGGCCCGCCUUUGUCUCCCAGGUAAGUCAGUUGGUGGCCAAGCUAUUGGGGAUUGAUUGGAAAUUACAUUGUGCAUACAGACCCCAGAGUUCAGGACAGGUAGAAAGAAUGAAUAGAACUAUUAAGGAGACUUUGACCAAAUUAACGCUUGCAACUGGCACUAGAGACUGGGUGCUCCUACUACCCCUAGCCCUCUACAGAGCUCGCAAUACACCAGGACCCCACGGGCUCACACCUUUUGAAAUACUAUAUGGGGCGCCCCCGCCCUUCAUUAAUUUCUUUGACUCCAACAUUUCAGACUUUGCUAAUAGCCCCUCUCUGGAAGCUCAUUUACAGGCACUCCAGAUCGUGCAGAGAGAGGUCUGGAAGCCACUUGCUGCAGCCUAUAAGGAACAAUUAGACAGACCAGCGGUACCUCACAGCUACCAGACUGGCGAUACAGUUUGGGUCCGCAGACAUCAGACUAAGAAUCUGGAACCCCGCUGGAAAGGACCCUACACCGUGCUGCUAACCACUCCAACGGCACUGAAAGUUGACGGCAUCGCGGCCUGGGUCCACGCCUCCCACGUAAAAGCAGCUCGUACGGAAGGAGAUACAGCAGAACCGCUAUGGAGGGUCCAGCGCUCUCAAAACCCUCUAAAGAUAAGACUUACCCGGGGGCCCCAUUGACUGGUUUAUGGAUCUUGUUGGGACUAGGGAUGAUAGUCCGGGGAGACAGCCCUCACCUGGUACGCUCCCUAAAAUGGCAGGUAUUGUCCUCGGUCGGAGAAGUUGUCUGGGAAAUUCAGGCAAACCAUGCUAUAGACACCUGGUGGCCCCCACUUACCCUGGAUUUCUGCCAGCUUGCAGCAGGAUCAGAGAUAUGGGAUAUUCCUGAUUUGCUACCUACACAGUUAAAGGACCGGGCAGGCAGCCGCUUUUCUCCUGGGGGAAAAUUCGGCUGCGGAAGCCCUGAAGGAAGAUGCUUCCUGGGGCAAUUAGAUUUCUAUGUCUGUCCCCGGGAUGGGCGGGAGCGAGACCAGGUCCGACGCUGUGGAGGAUGGGAAAGCUUAUUCUGUAAUGCCUGAGGAUGUGAAACAACCGGGGAUGCGUUUUGGAAGCCUAGCUCCUCAUGGGCCCCCUAAUCGUUAUACUUUUAAUCUUGCUUUUUGGGCCUUGUAUCCUAAAUCGCUUGGUCCAAUUCAUGAAGGACAGGCUGUCUGUCAUCCAGGCUCUGGUCCUGACACAACAGUAUCAUCAGCUUAGACAGUUUGAUCCCGAAGACAUGGAUACCACAGCUAAAUGAAUAAAGGAUUUUAUUCAGUUUAUAGAAAAAGGGGGGGAUGAAAGACCCCCACAGUAUAGACAAACAGCUAAGCAGCAGCAAUGCCAGGCUUAAACUUUGGAGCAACACAAGUAACAUUAGAGCAGGGAAGUUCGACUUGAGAACAAGG